CUACGCCUAAAGUUGCGACUUGCGAUUUUAAAACUGCGGCUCGAACCUCGAUUAACAAAUGAAUUCGAUUGCACCGUAAGCAAUAAUAAGAGAAGUGGUUGCUCCUAAGUUGUCAACGGAAUCAGCUUGAUAUUAAUAACCAAAUUUUCCCUGUUAAAUGUGAUUUGCACAACGGAAAAGUGACUCGGGACACUUUAGGUGUCAGUCCAGAUAAGAAAUGGACUCGUCUGCUGGACCGGAGAGAGCAGAGAAACCAUGGGAUCAUCCAUGGACUACAGAUGAAAUGCGAGAAAAAAGAACUGCCUGGAAUCUUGCCGGAGAUGCCGGCCUUCUACAGCAUCUGCAACAAUUUUCAGAUAAGCUGAUGACAACAGCUAACAAGACGCAGGAAGCCUUAAAUUCGUUCAGUUCAGAGCUUGACGAAACAAUUAUUUUCAUAGAUAAUAUAACCAACACAUCACUAGCUCUAGCCAACACACAGUUUAUCGAGAGUAGAGUCUACGAGGAUGAAAUAGAAGCUGAACCACCGAAAGAACAACAGCUAGAAGUACCAAAAACGAAAGAACAGCUAGAUGCAGAACUGAUAGCAAGCAUAGGUGAGACUGUACGGCGUGGAAUCGCGAUAAUGGAAGAAAAAUACGAAAUAUUGGAAGUUAUUGCUAGCGAUAGUGAAGAUGAAGGAGAGACUGCGAUUCCAAGCGUCAUAUUGAGACCAAAGGAUCCAUACCAGGAUCGUCCGCUACCUUACAUAAUUGGCUCUGAAAAAUGGAAAAAUUCAACUAAAAUCGGCUUGGAGACUAGCAGUAGCGACUCAGAUCACCAGGAGGAAGGUGAAUCUGAAAGUGAUUCAGGCGAUGACACAGCUGUAGUUUCGAAACAAAUUAACGUGCACAAACCACGAAUAGCGAGACUGUCUUCGUCGUCUAGUGAAUCCAAUGACUUUAAUGCGAUGAAUAAUACAGUGCAAAACAUUGAUGAUAGGGGAUCCUAUGAUAACCAAGAUAUAUUUGGUUCAGAAAAUGAAACCUCCACGACUGCCAAUAGCGUACCCAAAAAUUCUAUCAGUGGAGCACCAAAUUUUGCAGAGGAAUUAGCUAAAAGGUUGGGGAGUGUUAUUCCACCACAAAAAUCUAUAAAUACUCAAGUCAUUGAAGAACCUGUUACAACUCAGCCUGAAGAUGAUCUCUUUACCCAAGAAGAUGAAGACUUGUUCGGUGCGCCAUCCAAAAAUUUAUUCAGUGAACCGACGUCGUUAUUUUCCGAAAAAUCCCGCAACUCUUUGUGGGACAACAAGCUUGAUGACCCCUUGCAAUCCUCCAUCAUUCCUUCAUCGCUUGAUGUUCCACCACCUAUCAGUGCUGUUGCAACCAAACCAAAAUCAGCAAUUGACGAUCUAUUUGGUGAUGCGGAUUCAGAGGAUUCGGAUAAUCUAUUUUCGAGUAAACUGUCAACAAGCAAGCUCUUUAAACAACAAAAUUCACCAACCAACAGCCUUCGCACAGAAGGUAAACCAAAAAGUAAAAACUUGUUGUCCGUGAGUAGGAUCACGGAAAAAACAGGAAUGGCAACAAGUACGCCUGAAACGAACGACAUGGUUAAUUCACUAUUUGGUGACGAACCAGAGGAUGAGGGAAAUAUUUUCAGUGGAGAAAGCAAUCGCAACGAUUGGAUCGCAGCCAAGAAGAGUGUUCCAGACAAGAGUACUGGUUCGACACCCGCAGAAGCAUCCAACACCAGUAGUAAAAAGAAACCAGUGGGUGGAGUUUCUAUCCUUGGCCAGAUCGAUAUAUUUGCUUCAGGAAAGCUGCGUCGGCAACCGUCGAGUGAAUCCUGUAGCAGUCAAUCAUCAUCCGAUUUUGAAACUCAACGAAGUAGAGCAACAAAUACGAGGAAUGACGCUAAUUCGGUGAUAAAUAACGAUUCUAGUAAUGGCAGUUCGGUGAUGAUAUCUCGCAACAUGCAGAGUGGCGAAAGCAGCGGUAUUUCCUUGCAGCCACCAAGUGUGGAUGACGUUACGGCAGGCUCGAAUAUAAGCCCUAACUUCCAGCCGGCGAUGACGUCGACUUGGAAUAAGACCGGAGACAUGUAUCGAGAAAGGAUUGCUAGCGACAGUCUUUUCGCGGCUAAAACGCUCAGCCGUGAUAAUGAGAAUUCAUUGAACAAUGCCCGAAUCGAGGAAGCACCCGACCCAGCGGAAGUUCAGAGCUCCGACAUUUUUCUUGAAACCGACGAGAUCUUCGGCCCUCCACCGCUGCCGGAAGCCGGGUCAAAGACCGAGAGAAAAUCGAAGGUGGCCUCGUUGUUCGAUGACUUUGAUUCCGACGACGACCUCUUCUCCAACACCAGCUCUGGAUCCCGCUCACAAAAAAGCGCCGAUCUUCUCACAACAACGACGACGUCGCGACCUUCUGACAAACUCAAUAUCUUUAAAAAUCGAGGCUUGUUCGACGACGAUGAGAAAGAAACCGCGGACGAGCUCGGGAGUGACAUUUUCGGCGGCAAAGUCUCGGCGAAUUCGAAUUUAUUCGCUUCGAAGGUUGUCGAGGAAGUGUCUGUCAGCUCGAGAAAGGAUGAAGAAAAAUCGGAACAAGUCAGUAGCAGUACCGUUGUACAGCAGAAGAGCUUCAGCAGCAGCGUUGGGAAACAGAGUACCAACAAAGAGACUCCGCAGACCGCGCCAGCCGCGAACAUUGGUAGUAUAUUCGAUGAUCUGGAUGACGACGAUUUGUUCGCUCCUAAUUUUGGUAAGAAAAUAUCGAAGAGUCAGAGGAAAAUGGCACCGAGUUUGUUUGACGAUGGUGCGGAAGAUCUGUUCGCUGCACCGUCGAAAACUGCAAGUAAAUUUGAUCAGGGUGACUCGAAAGCUUCAUCCGUGAAGAAAACUGAGGCCUCGUCGGAGACGGCGGUUAAAUCGGGGGCGAAUAUCGGAGGCCAGAUUAAAUCCAAAGUAAUGGAACAAUUGGCGGCUAAGCUGGACCUGGCGAAGACCGUAGAGAAAACGGAUGUGGAGUCGAAGAGCGGAAGCGAAGCGACAGUCGCUGGAGGUAACGUUGAAAGGACGAUAAAUACAGAAGAAGAACAUUCCACGCUGAGUAAACACGAUGGGGAUGGUAUUUCCUCGAAGAAUAAAUCCAAGAAUCUCGCUACAAAGAUAUUGAACGAAAUUAAAACAGUUCAAAAGUCGAAGCUUCUCGAAGCGGACGCGAAGCCUGAAAUCGCGAAGAAACCGGCGGUGUUGAAAAAAUUGAAUCAAAGAUCUGACGUUGCCGCGUCGAAAUCGGCGGAAAUCAGAUCGGAAAUCAUCGAGGAAACGAGAACGGUGACGGAGGGAUCUUGGGUGAAAAGUUUCGAAUCCGAAACAAGAGUUUCCUCUUCGGAGGAAGAAAGGUCGUCGACAACCUCCAAGUCUGAUAAUAUUUACACCGAACAAGAAACGUCCUCGACGUCCUUCAAGUCGGAAGAAAUUUCCUCCAUUGAGGAAAAACGGGAACCUCCGAAGACACUGGAAAUACGAUCGGGCGAAAAACCGAACACCGUUCAGCGCCGGGUUGUUUCGGGAAAAAUAAAGAAUUUAAUGGGGCGAAUGAGCGAUCUGAAAAUCUUGUCCCCGACCGACUCACCCCCAGCUUGGAGAAAGAACGAAGACAGAGUAGAAGAGGAAUCGGACAAGGACACCGCGGAUGGCAGCUGCUCGAGCACGUCAAGGCACAAUCCUACACCUACACUGCCUGCAGACGAACCGUCCAAACCUGUUGCACUCCUCUUACCCACCGACCAAAAGGAAAUCGAGCCAGCCAUCAGCUUUGAUCAACCAGUCCAAGUCGAAACACUGAGCGUCGCUGCGUCCAAGAGUCGAGUCCGGAUCCAGACGAAACGACGACCUCAAAGUAGGCACGCGCGUCAGAAUGCUCUUCGUAAAAGUGGCAUCGAUUUCGACAGCGUGGACUUUGCAAUUGAUAACAACUCCGAAACGAAUCGAAACUUGUCUUCUAACAGUGAAAACAAUAAUCCGUCCAUGACGGAAAACUCGGCCAACUUUGAAAAUAUCGUUAAUUCGAAUAACGACAGGCUGAUCAUUUCUAGGGGCAUGAGCGAAAAUGUCAGUGUCAGAGUGACCGAAUCAAGCUCAUCCACGUUUCUCGACGAUCGCUCGGAGAUCAGCUUCAGCAAAGAGAGCACGUUGAGUAUGAACAAGAACACGCUUCUUUCGCCUUCUACGGACGAGGAAGACCUCUUCGACGUACCUCCGGAUCUGCCCGAGGAUCCGCCGAAAGAGGACAACCUUUUUGGCAGGGCCCCAAUUCUUUCCCCCGUCGAGUCCUUCGGUAAAGUUCAAAAGACGGCCAAACACGAAACCUCUAAAAGUGAGAACCGGACGCAUAGCCAGAAGGGAGAGACGACCGUGUUCAGCGAUCAGUUCGAAUCGUCGUCAAAUCAAGUCGUUACUACAGAAUCGUCUUGUAUCGAUACAAAAAAGGAAGAUGUUAAGAAGUGGGAGACACCGAUCACAGGCAAAGAGGUACGUGCCGAUAAAAAUACAUCAAUCAGAGAUGAAGAGUUGUCUGGUAAAGCGAACUUACGGGAUAAAUCUCAAGAACGACAAGAUUCGGGGAUCGAAAGCAAGGCGGAAUCUCGCGGGGUUGGUAAACGGGAUGAAAAGAAAGAGGAAUUAACCGAUCCACUUCGUGACGGUAACCACGAUCCUCUUAAGGAUCCGAGCAAUUUAUUUCCAUUUGUAACGAAAACUCCGUCGCCCGAAAAGGGUAAGAAUCUGUUGUUCGACGACGACGACGAUGGAUUGUUCUCGAACUGUUCCUCGAAGAAACCGGAACAUGGCAAAUUGAGAGUAACUGAUAAAAGCAAAACAACCACGUCAACCGCAAAAAAACAGAGUCUCGAUAUAUUCGCCGAGGAUUCGGAGACGGAUUUUUUUACCACGGCACUACCAAAAUCUGUCAGAAAACCCCACCAGGAAUCGAAGAUCGAUCUUUUUGCCGACGACGAUAACCAGGACGAUGAUCUUUUUGGCGGUGCUACGAAAAAGUUGACCAACAAGGCGAGCGCAACAUCAUCGCGGAUUGUUACUACGGAAGAAAACAUCACCAAGACCGAAUCCUCCUCGAAGAGUCAAUCAAUAUUCGGCGAGAUCGGCAAGGAAAACACAUCAGGAAGCCAAAAAACUACAGGGGCAAAAGUAAGGUCUGAAACAAAAAAAGGAGGUACUACCUCCGGUAUAUUUUCCGAUGACGACAGUGCCGAAAUAUUCACCGCCGGUAUUAAUACGAAGCCUGUAGAGGGGAUUCCCACCGGUAAAAAGAUCGUGAAGGAUAUUUUCGGCGAUCAGUCAAGUGGCGACGAGGACAUGUUUGCUGCAAAAAAGUCUGUGAUUAAAAAACCAACGACGUCUUCGGGGCUGUUCGACGACGACGAUAAUGAGGGAGGCGAAGAUAUAUUCGGGAAAUCGACGACCUCAUACGUCAGUCGAUCGGAGUCGGUUGAAAAGCGUGGAGCGAUUAAAAGAACAGGUACCAGGGAUUUGAGAAAAACUGCCGAACAAAUUGUCGAGGAUCCGUUAAGUAUACUGCAAAAAGAUUAAUCACUGCGUAUGUAAAACGUUUCAUGAAACGCGUAACAUUUCGUUUUUGCACUCGCUUUCGUUAUUCGUGAAUUAUUAUUUAUAUACUACGUUUCAAAAUUGCAUUCCUUUAAAAGUGAUAAAUUUAUGAAGUCUGUUUUAUUCUUCGCGGCUACAACCGAUUCUUGGAUUAUUCAAUGAAUUAAUUGAAUCCGCUUAACACGAUUUUGUACACAGUUAUCAAUUGCUCAUCAAGCAAUUCUAGGCGGAAUGAUUAUUCUGAAUCAAUUUCUAUCUUAUGACAAAAUCACUAAAUGUCAGAACGAGGCUUUUAAAACUAUACAUAUAUAUCUAUUGUAAAUAUGUACCGAUCAAAUACCCAACACUCAUACCCAAGUUGCGAUCUAUUUUGAAAUAUUUAACAAUCUGUAAGUAUCUCCUGUAAUCAUUUUAUCUGUACCUACAGUUAAAUUUACUUUUCUUUAACCCCGUUGUGUAUAUUUGUAAUUUCCUUUUAUUUAAAAAGUUCGAUUGCGGUCCAUCUUAGGGCUUGCAGUGCUUGAUAAUACAACCAUUAUAAAUUAUUUGAACGUUUUUAUUGGGUGAGAAAGUAUUUAGAGAGGCCGCAAUAUACCCGGUUGGUUCCAAGUUCUCAACCAAUAAAUAGCGCACGAUGUUCAUAGUAUAAAUAUAUAUAAUUGUUUUUAAUGUACGUAUUGCCUUAAAGUGCUGUCAGAUAAUGCUCCUAAUAGAUACACUACGCGAGAAGAGGACGAAAAUAUAGUUAUAGGCAAAGAUAAAUAAAUACAAAUAAUGUAAGAAGAAGGAGAAAAAAAACAAAUAAAAAUUGCGGAUGUUUUAUAAAUUUAAA